AUGGCCGAACGGAAGCAGUCUGUGACUCUGGAUAUGAUAGAGACGCACGCUCCGCCGUCGCCAGAUAGUCCCGACUCUGAGACACCGUCGAUAAGCUUUAUCUCAUUAAACGGAGCCUUCAAGGGACGACGUGUAUUCACGCUAGAUGCUCCGAUAUAUCUAGGCCGUCAAAUUGAUAACACGGACGGCCUGAAUCCAGUGAAUGCUCUACGCUUUCCCGCCAAGGUCGUAUCUAGGCAGCACGCUCUGAUCCAAUUUAAGAAUGGAAAGGUUUAUCUUCAAGACACGAAAUCCUCAAGUGGUACUUUUCUGAAUGGACACCGUUUGAGCGCACAAGCACAAGAGUCUGCUUUGACCGAAAUACAUGAUGGUGACAUACUGAAACUGGGAGAGGAUUGUGAUGUCAAUGGAGUGUUGCACUCCAGUAUCGUGAUGAAGGUCGAAACCAAGUCAGGCAGUGGCAAAGCAGAUGUAGAAGUCUCGAAUGUCGAAGGGGAAGACGUGUCUGAUGAUGAGGACGAGUACUUGGACUUUAGCACAGAUCCAACAGUCAAGAAUCACGUGGAUUUAGAAUUCCAAGCUAUGUGGGCGCUAUUAAUGGACGGCAUUGAACCACCCUUGACACGAUUACAAGCUAUCAUCGAUGGUCGACUAGAUCCAACUGCGAUCAUGAGUGAACCAACAAUACCCGCGCUUUCACGGCUAGCUCCAUCUGGCAAAGGUAGCUCGCCGGAGCCUUCUAGGAUGGCAAGAGUCUGA